AUGAUCGUUCUCGGCAAAAGGUUCUUUCUUCCUCUCUCUUCAUGUGCACAGUGUGGGAAGUCGAUGACGAUGCAGAGUUUGCUGGGAUAGUCGAAAUUCAGUCGGUUUUUCUAAGUUGAUCUACCGUCUUCAGAGUGUGUAGUGGGAAAUUUUGCCCUGCGAUAAGCUUUUUCUGUGGAAAUGUUAGUUCCGACCGAGCAAAGCUGAUGUUGAUGAUGGUUUGGUUUGUCUGAUAUAAACAGUUGACAUGGAACGAUUGUUCUGUGGAGUGACUAUGAUACCACGCACAAUUUCAUCAUUUCACUGCUGCUACUGUUUGAGUAACUUUUCCCGGAUCAUAUGAACUUUUCCCCGGAUCAUAUGAACAGGUUGCUUUCUCUAAAGAGUACAAUUCCCGAUUGGAGCCGUGAGCCCUCUGAAAACACAGAUGGGAAAUGUCAUAGAGUCAUUUUUCUCGGGCUUUGCCGAAUCCAUUGGCAAGCUCUUCGGCUCUCCUCUGGAUUUUCUUUCCGGGAAGUCUUGCAGCUCUAUCUGUGGAUCGACAUGGGAUUUCAUAUGUUACGUCGAGAACUUUUGUGUCGUCAAUUUGCUGAAGAUGGCCUCAGUAUUGCUGCUACUAUAUAUAGUUCUUCUUUUGCUUUAUCUUCUCUACAAGCUUCGCAUCUGCGAGUGUCUCGGUCAUACCCUUUGCAGGACCGUAUGGAUGUGCUCCGCCUGCUGGUUUUCGAUAGUCGGGAACUGCUGCAGUUUCUUCUGCUUUAAGCUUCUCCGUUGUAAAAGAGCCAAACGAGGACAUAGAAGAAACUCUGACGAGAUCGAUAGAAGCCAUAUGUAUGGAGACCAGAGCUUUUCAUAUCGAAUUGGCCGCUCUCUGUCUCAUCACAGGAAAUAUCACAGACACACUCACCUUAGGAAGUCUUUACGACCCAGAAGCCACAGAGCGAUUGUAAGAAUUCACAGAUACGCCCACCACAAGACUAAGCCUUCAACGCAUUAUACUCAUGGUGGCUCAUUUGGGGACAUUAGAGUCGUACGAACAACAAAGUUCUCCCGGAAAGGUGCGACUCAUAGGCAGGGGAACUACCGAAGCCAUAGGAGGUGAAGAGCUUCCGGUGCCUCGAGCUCGGAAGGCAGUCGGCAGUUCUUUUGUCACUAUUAACUGAAUUGAGUGUUCCAUUGUUAGUUAGAGUGAUUCAAUUCGAUUAACUCUUGGCUCGGAUCCAGGAAUGGUAUAUUCCGCCAUGUUCUUGAUCCGAUCAAGAGCUAACGUCUUCUUAAAGCGAGGCUCCCUCCAUUGAUUGGCCCGUUUGGUUAGUCUCAACAAACGUGAGGGAAUGGAAUUCCCCAAUCAUGGCAAAGGAAUAUGGAAUUUGGUAUUCCAUCAAAGACGUGUUUGGCUUCGUUGCCUUGGACAAUAGUUGCCUUUCUCGCCAAGAAAGCUCCGCGACCUGUCGUGUCUUGCUUUUAUAUUCCCUCCCAAACACAUCGUCUUCACCCUCUUAUAAGGAA